UCAAGUUGAGGCAGGGCAGAGCUGGGGCAGGGCUGUUUCCGGUUCCGGUUCCGGGGGUCAGCACGCACGGGGUCUCCAACAGGCCUGUUCCCGAGGCGCCAGCCUCGAAGGAUUCUCGGGGCAGAUUCCGCCCAGCCUGCUCCCGCUCCACCAUGGCCCCCAAGCCCGGCAGCCGAGUCGAUCCCAAGGCAGCCAAGCGCUCCCCGCUCUCCGGGCGCCGUUUCUCCAAGGCCGAGGACUGGUUCGAUUGCCCAGCGUUAGGCCCGGGUUGGAAGAGGCGGGAGAACUUCCGAAAAAAGGGGGCCACCUGCGGCCUCUCAGAUACCUACUAUCUGAGCCCGUCCGGCCAGCAAAUCCGCAGCAAAGUGCAGCUGGCCCGUUACCUGGGCCCGGGCCGGGAUCUCAGCGGUUUUCACUUCAAGCUCGGGAUUGUGCAGCCCUCGCCUGCGCAGGCAGCACCGCCGCAGAACGAGACUAAGAGGCCGCGACGAGGACAGGGAAGGCCCAGAAAGGAAGCGGCGCCCCCUCCCUUGGAGCAGCUCGAUCCCGAGAGGCCGCGGGCCGGACCGCUGUCGGCCGGUGGCGUCGAGGCCCCUGAGCCUGGACACCCCGCUGAGCCUCUCCAGGCUGACCCCGCCAAGACCACCCGGAGCAACCCCGCCGACGCCCCCCAGAGUGACCGCAGCAGCGGGCAUCCCCGGCGGCGGUGGCGGCAGCGGUGGCUUCAGACCCAAGGCUGCGAAGGCCAGAGGAGUGACCCCCCCGGGGAACCGGGGGACUCAGAGAUAGGUGCGCCCAGCGGGGGGCCCGAUGGCCGCUUGGAAGUCACGGGGGCCGCCGCCACUACCAUCACGGUGGCAGGCGCUAUCACUGCGGCCAGCGCCAUCACUACGGUCAGUGCCAUCACUUUGGCCAGCCCGACCAUGGCCGCGGCCAGCCCCGCCGCUGCUGCUGCUGCCGCCGCCGCCGGCCCUGCCUCGAAGCCGCGGGUUCUCGAGGCGGGGGCUCGGGGCUCGGGCUGCGGCCUGUGCGCCGGCUGCCAGGCCCAGGACGACUGCGGGGCCUGCUGGAUUUGCGCGCGCGAAGGGAAGCCGGACCUCGUCCGGCGCUGGCGGUGUCUGGCAAGGCGCUGCCUUCAGAAGCGCCCGAAGAAGAGACCCAGGGGCUCAGGGGCGAGGAAGGCCCCCAGUCGGCGCCGGCGAGCCCCCGCGCCCGCGGCCCGGGCGGGCGGCCCAGUGGUCACCGCUACCACCGAUCACCACUACCGGCGGCCGCGCCGCAACCGGAAGUGCGGGACCUGUGCGGCUUGCCUGCGCCUGGUGGACUGCGGCGAGUGCGACUUCUGCCUGGACAAGCCCAAGUUUGGUGGCUCCAACCAGAAGCGCCAAAAGUGUCGCUGGAGACAGUGUUUAACUUUUGCCGUCAAGCGCCUGCUGCCCGCCCUGAGGCACAGGUCCGUGGAGAGGCCAGCCCGGCGCCAGCUGCACCGAGUCAGGAAGGGCACUUUGGGGAACCGGCCCUUCCGUGCAGGCUGGGCCAGAUCGAGGGCCCGCCAUGGCCAGAGGCUGGUCACUGAGGCCCAGAGCAGGAGGCCUAGGCAGAAGCAGUUCCCUGUGCCAAAGGAGGACUUGGACACUGAUUGUGUGCAGCCGGAGACCAGCUUGGUCGUCGUGCAAGGGGAGGAGAACAACCCAGUGCUUGAGCCCAGUACCAAGGCAGAGACUUCUCCGCCCCCUGUCCACCACGAUGACCUAAAGGAGUAUGAGUCUCUAGGACUUGAGGUAUUCAGUGCAUCUCCUCAGUUGAAGCAGGAGGUAAAGAACUUUGAGUCCCAGGCUCCUGAAGCUAGUUUAUCACCCCCUGUUAGCUUCCUUCCUGACCUGCCUAGCAAGGAAGCCAAUGGGACCCAUCCACAACAGACUGUGAAAGAGGAGGAUGACUUGGAAGAAGAGGAAGUUGCAAGCACCCCAGUGAUCAUGGAGAUCUAUAGUCUGGGCAAGGCCACGCCAACAGCAGCAGGACUCUUUGGAACCCUGGACAGUGUCCUACAGGAAUUUCUAAUGGAACUGAAUGAGCUGCCCUUGCCUGCUCACUGGGAAGUGCUGCCAACAAGGGGACCAGACCUCUGCCUCAUCCAGCGAUCCAUCUUGUCCACUGUAGCUGCUGCAGUUAUCCAUAUCCAGCCAGGCCUGUACUUCCGUGUAGUGGUACGCGAUGUCCCAGUGCCACCCACCCAUGAGCUCUAUUCUGCCCACCCAUUACGACUCACCACUGUGGAUGAGGUGAUAGAACUCAUCUGCAACCUGGAAGCCUACCGCCUGUGCCCUGGUUGGCCCGACAGCUGGCAUCAGGGCCAGCGUUCUCCUGGCUGUGAUGUCUUGGUCUAUGAAGGCCGCUGCCAAUACUGCUGCCUAAAGCCCUGGUCUUUGGGGAGGAAGCAGUAACUGAGCACCCCUUCACCCUGCAUUUUCCUUGGGUCCCUAUGCACUGAGUUGACCCAAGGGUCCCUGUACCCUACCUCUUUCCCCUAUGUUGUGUAGGAGAGUCUGUCGAUCUGCACUGGAAAGGCUGAAAUGAGGGCAAACACUCCUCUACCAGCCUCCCCUAAGAGCCAGCAUUUACCCAUCUUCUACCUCACCCCUCUCUCACCAAGGACUGCUCUGAGGGUCCCCACUUGAUUCUCCUUUGCCUCUCCAUGAUCCUGGCACAAGGGAAACCCAGCCACCCCUCACCCCCCACUCCCCACCCCAAACACACACAGACCAUAUUCAUCCUUUCUCCAACUCAUUCUCAGGGACAUGGGCUGGUUCCACAGAGGGGAGUGAGGGAUAGAGGGCAGCUCUAAUCAGGAUUUGCUGGGGGUCAUGUAGUCUUGGCUUUAGAAGUUUGAUUUUAAAAGAGAGGCCAUUCUACAGUGAUGACUGAAGUUGCUAGAGCAGAUAGAGAGGGUCCUGCAAGGGAAAAGGGGUGCCCUCUCCUACUCAUUCCCGGGGUGUAUCUUCACCCCAUCCCUGUCCAUGCACUCAAAGAGGCUGUGUUGGAGAUAAGCAAAAUGAAUCAAUUUUUUUUUUUAUUUUUUAUGUAUCCAUGACCUGUGUAGCCAGCUCUGCCCCAACCCAAUUUUGAUAUCUUUACCUUUUUUAUGUUUCUUUAAAAAAAUAAUUCCUCCCUCCCCCCAUAGAGAUAACAAAAAUAAUGUAGCAAACCAUUUCCUAGUUUUAUAAGACAUAAAGUCUAGAAAGCAGAAAACCCUUUAUAAACACAGGUCCCAUACCAUUCUAGAACCCCUUACUAACUCCAAGCCAGAGUGUUUUAUGUAGUCAUAGUUAUGCAAAUAUGUUUCAAGCCCCCUUCCAGUGUAUGGUCUACUAGCAGACCAGGGACCAUAAAUCAAAUAGGAAAGAUUUUAAGAUAGAAUAGCAAGUAUAUAAUAUGGAAAUCCCCCAAUCACAGAGAGCUAUGAUUUCCUUUCUAUUCCAGUUCUGCUUGUGGGAAAGGGAGCAAUUCCAAGACAAUAUAUGCUCCUAAGGGUGUAUCCUAGCUGGGAUACCUCCCACACUUCCUCCUUGCUAUAGCUAUGGUUUGCUAUUGGUUUCUUUCACCUUCGCAGUGUAAUAUUUAUUGAUUCUCUGACCAGUUGCUGCUGCCAUCUGCUGCUAAUAGAGUUUAUUCCUCAAAGGGGAGGUUAGCAUGCUUUUGUGAAACUGCCCAGCCAACAGUCCUGGGGCUAAUCAACAUAUUUUCAGCUCUUUUGUUAGGCGCGCAGCCAUGCUCAACUGGCACACCAAAGAGAUUCUCAGGUCUGCCAGGACUUAUUGCUCAACCACAUUCUCCAUUCAACUGGAAGUUCCCCUCUUGACUUCAACUCCUGUCAUGUUCUUGACAGGUAAGUCCCAGCCCAUUGCAGAUUACACUGAAGCUUUGGUAAGCUGCAAGGAGACAAACUUUAAUUACACUGGAAGGAGGUGGGGUAGACCUAAUAAGCUUUGCCCUAUAUUUUUGCCAUUGUAUCGUGCUCUCUCUUCCUCUUAUAUAUGUAUUUUCUCAAACCUGGAAAUAAUAGACAGUGGAAAAUACUCUGGGGCCAAAUGGAUUCAUGCCAGAAUUUUACAUUGUAAAGUGUAUAUCUCACUGAAUGUCAUAUUAAACAUGCUCAGCAAUUUUCUACCAGGUCUCAAGCUAUUCAUCAGAUGUAAAAUUUGACCUGCUUUUUAAAAAUGAGUUAAAGACAUCCAUAGUUCUCCCUCAGACAGCUCUCUUUAAUUAACAUUAACACAAAAAUCUGAGCUAACUUGUGCCAAAAGAAUAUGGUCUGCAGAGACCCAACCGGGUUUGCUACAAGGAGGUUUUGAAUGAUUAAUUUGAUACAAAUCUGGAUUCCUUCAUCUCUCUUCAAAACAGUGACUGUUUACCUGGUACGUAAGGGGGUUGAUUGUUAAGUCUUUGCUUGACUUUUGUAACAAAUCCAAAAGCUACAAUGGAAUUAUUUAGCAUAAAUGAAGUUUAUAGGGAAUAUUAGAUGGAAAACUAAAUUAAAUCAGGAAGCAAGGAUGCUAGUCUUCCAUUGACUUGUUAUGUUGAUCCAAGUCACUUUACUCAUCUUUGAAGUGGGAUUAUAUGAUGAAAUUCAAAGGAUUAUUGGUGAUUAAUGAUGGAAUUGAAUAGAUUCCUUCAGAAGACUUUGGUAUCCCCUAUACAUGCUAUACUCUUUGGUCAGGUAUAACAUCAGUAGAAUGCCAUGUUCACUUUAGAAGAGCAAUAUAUCAACUGCCUAAGCAAUUUUUUUUUACCAGAUUGGCAGUGUAUUCAUGCUAUUUUCUUCCAGGCAAUCAAAACAUUGAUAGUGACCAGAGUAGAAACAAAGGAGUUUCCUCACAUAGAACCCUACUUUUGGUCUGGCUGAGGCCAAUCAAAAAGUGUGCCUGCUUAAAAACCUCUUCCCCUGGACCUGCCAGGGUAUCUGGAAUAUUCACCAAGAGAGUUGUCAUUGUGACUCCUAAAGUGCAAACGUAUUAUUUGAAAAGGUAUAGAUAAUAUAUUAACACUGGCAAGUACAAUGAUACCUGUAAAUUUUCAAAUUAGCUUACAAAACUACUUAAAACAGAAGGCAACUGAACAUGGAGAAUGAAACACAGAAAAGGUCAUUUUUGACAUGAGGUCUAUACAAAGAAAAAGGAUGGCAAACUGGACCUUUUUGGCCAGGCAAGGAGUAGUAUAAGAACCAUGUGCACCUCUCAGAAUAGAGGAAGAACCAGCAACAGGGAAGAAAUAGGAUAGUCAAAGCAAAAUUUUUCCUGUUUAGUUUUUGCAUUGUUGAUCACUGGGUCUGUUCUUGGUAGAGCUGAUUAAUAACUGCAUGGGAAUAAAUGAGGACAAGGUCAGAGUUUCAUUCUCUUGCAUGGACCAAGUGCAGAGGUGAAACUAGAGCUAGGCAAAAGGGGUUGUGCCCCAUGGUGCUGAAAUCAUGUUUGGGGCGGAGGGGAGGAAAGAAGGACACUACAGAUUCCUAGCAGAUUAAUCCCAAAAUAAGGAGCAGGCUGGGGACGGGACCUGUUAGAGAGGCUCUGCUUCUCUGUAUCAGGUACAAUCAUGGGUGGAGGGGUAACUUCAGGUAGCCCAGGGUUGAGUGUCAGGUGGAGGCAUAGAAUCCCCUCCCCCACAACUGAGGGGACCUUUCAGAGAUCUUGCAUUAUAUUCUGCUCAGGGAAAAGGGACAGGAUUGUCCUGUGUGUGACAGGUGGAAUGAACGUAUAGGUGAUGGGAACUGAAAAGAUUGGUAAACUGGGAGGCCAGAUGUUUGAAGGGACAUCAGUGGUCAUACAUUAUCUGUUGCCCUCUCUUGUAUGAUCUCUAUGCACAUGCAUUUUCCUUACUGAUGUACAUUUAUGCAAAUGUGUAUCCUAGGUUGAUGGAACAAAUGUAUUGAGAUUAUCUCCAGUUUAUCCUGUGUGUAUCUUAUUUGUACAUAGUUGGUUUUUUUUUUCGCAUCUCCU